GUGGAGGUGGAUCAGUAGAAGUGGCAGGAAAAUCCAUACGGAAGCAACCCCAAGACGAGAACGAACAUGGGGAGUACCAUCCGCCCACAAGGGGAAAUUCGUACAACCGAAUCAACACGAUGCGCAUGUGCCCUAGUGGAACAGGGAUACAGCUAUGUACAUAUAUCUCCAUCAACGAAUCAACGAACUUUGCUUCUGGGAAACCAAUUAACCUUCGAUCUUUGCUUUUAAUAAACCAACUAACCUAUGACCUUCGUUUUUAAGAAACAAACUAACCUUUGAUCUACGCUUGUAUGACUAUUGCUAACUUAACUCGAAUGAAUUCUGCUCCAACCUUUGAUCCUAAGAACCAUCAUCAAUCAAUUAUUGCAAUUGCAACUAAUGGAAGAACCUGCUUUCUAAGAACUUACUGAAACUUUCAAGAAAUAACAAAAGCCACUUCUAAAACCGAUUUCUGAGACAAUAAUCGUUUAGUUAUAUAAAAUAAUCCUUCCUUCCAUCACAGCAAUCGAACUGCAGCGAAAUGCAUCCACAGCUCUUCUUCGUUCUAUGAAUCUGUCAAAGAUUAAUUAAAAGAUUAACUAACCGAACCAGCUAUAAUUGUUCCACUUAAACUAUAGACUUCUCUGCUAUUUAAACUUAAAAUGCCAUCGAAGAAUCCCGCUUAUACUUUAAGGAUUCUAUUUCUUCUAACUUCUACUCGAAACCGAACUUCAUCCAGCUUUGGGAAUCAUAUCUUAUAGUGAAUCGAUCUGUUACAGUUCCUACUAAAAUACUGCAUGCAGCAAAGGUAAAAAUGUAUUUUGAGUCAAUAUUGUAGCGCUUGUAGCAGGGAAUGCUGAGUUUUUGUGGCGCCAUCUAACGCUCAGAGUGGCAGGCGAACGACAGGUCAAGGGAGAACCAAAAAGACGGUAACAGGUCAAAACGUCAGGUUAUCUCUGUUGAAAAUGCAUCCAGGGACCUGUUAGAGGAUUUGCCGCCAGAACGUUGGCGUCCCUAUCGGCUAUUCCCUUGUGAAAGUCGGUUGAGUCGGUUGCGUAUCGGUCCGACGGAAGGGAAAAACCAAGAAUUUAGUGAAGAGAAAAACUCUAAGGGAAUCUAAUUAGCUAAAUCCAAGAUUCGACUGCGAGAUUCUUGGUUGAAGGCGAGUGGGCUGUUCAGUCGUCAGAAGCCGUAUAGCGCUGAGUCCGGUUGGGGUAAGUGCUGCGGAGGAGAAGAGAAGGGCUAAAGGAGAAUAAAGAGUUGUCCCAUUUGUAGUCUUGGCGCUUAGAAAUCGAGGUAAUCAGUGCGGAUUCGAUCGUCCAAGGAAGCCAGCCAGCAGACAACAGCAGCCGCAAGCCUAACAAAGCGGCGUUUAAAUUUUUGGGACUGUCUGGAAAGCGCUCAGCCAUCGGAGAAGCGAGCGUGGAAGCAGAGGGAGAAGAUAUUUGGGCAACGCUCGGUCCCCCCCAAGCGGCUAGCUUUCCGAGGCGUUGGCGUCGGCACUUUAGUAGUCGAGCGCGACGCGACAGAAAAGGAGGGCCCGUCCCUUGGUCGCGAGCAGAUCGGCGGAGAGAAAGUGUUAAUCUAGCACCGUCGGAGAUUGGCCGUUUGGCCUUUUCUUUGCUUUCGCGUACCCUUCACCUGCAGAAGCAGGGGAAAAGAAUUUGUGCGGUUCCCUUUCGCCCAGGAGGUGGAAAGGAAACAUAGAUAACAGUCGGGAGAAAUAGAAUAGGGAAAAAAAGAGGAAGCAACGGAUUGACAGAGUGAUUGUAUUCGUGUUCGUAAAUGUAUAAUUAAUUUUGAUCUCGGUGCGGAGUUAUUUAGGAGAGAAUUAGAUUUGAUUCCGGUAGUGGCUUCUCGUGACUCUCGCCGAUCUGCAAAUAUGAUUUCCCCCUACCUUGUGCCAUUUUAAGUGUUCUUCCUCCACAGCAGCUUUAGGUAUUCAUCGAGGAAAGCGCUUUCGCCGAUGGAGCCAUAAACUGGAGAAAAGGUAUGAGUGGACUUAAAUUUUGUUAUUAAUAAAGUACAACUUGAAGCAAGGGAAUUAGGGCCGGUCGGUGAGCGGGAGGGAGAAGUGCCCACUCGAAUUGGCUUCUGAACCUUACGGAGUCAGCAAGCAAGUUAGUUUGUCCAUUUCGGACUUAUUUAGUAUAUCGUUUGUAUUACACAUAGCCAAGUAUUUGUAGGAAUUUUACACAUAUAUUUUCAUUUAGCUACUCUUUUAAUAUGGGGAAUUAUAUUAUGGUAUUUGCGGGUAAUACUAGUGUUUUAGCCAGUAAGUGAAUAAACUUUAUAAUGUGUUAAUCUACCGUUUUGCUUUCGCUGGCAAAUUCCCCAUGUAGGACGUCCCGGACAAAGGGGCCAUUCCGUCAUUAAAUCGAACGGUUUGGAAUGGCCAUGGUAGGGCGGGCGACACGACCUCGACAACACCAGAGGCGGAGUUGAGAUACCUUUCCAGCACAAAUCCACAAUUCUAUCUAGGGAUAAACAGUGUCUCCCGGUUAAGCAUUUUCGUCGUGACACGCUACUUCAUUCGCGGUAUAAUGCGUAUAGGCCACCAGCAGGAGGAGGGGCAAGAACAUCACUCCAAUAGCCGACGAGCAGAGGCCGGAAACCCAAAGCGUGUGCUCCCCUUCGCUGAACAACAGCUAGCCUGGCAGGAUUUAUAUACACAGACGUGCGUAGGUGAUACGUUACAUUUAUGAAUCAUAGAUAUAGUAUUAUAACUAAAAAUUGGCGCCCAACGUGGGGCCACACCUAUUCAGGUGUGACACCAUUAACACUGUGACAUCCUUUUUUUGUUUUUUAAAACUUCCCGAUUCAGCAUAGACGGCAUUGACCAAAAUUGUUUCUCUGGAAGUGGUCAUUGCUCAAGAAUACCUUCUUUUCUCAACACCAAGUAGAGGGCUCGUCAGUCGAUUCGGAAAACGGAAGCAGAAGUUUUGACUUUUCAUCCGGCCACGUCGGAGGAGCGUUUCGAAAAGUGCAUCGAUCUUAAUAAUACCCUACUUUUUCUGAGGCAGGAGCCUUAAACAUGGUCUUUCGGGCGCAUAGGACUGCAGAGGGAAUCUCGUUUACUUACGGAACCCUGCCCACGGCUGAAGGACUGUGCGGAAGGCUUAGCCGUUGCUGCUGAUGAGCUUUAGCGCGUUGGACAUACCCGGAUUAAUCUUGAUUAUAGAAUUCCGUGGGCCACGAGUGAAAUCAGAAGCAGCAUGCUCAUUUCAAGUGUAGAGUGCCGAGCCGAGGUGUUUGGACAACAGCGGCGCGAAUCAAAGCAGCAGCUGGCCACGGCUCGCGCAUGCAGUUGUUGUUGGUUUUAAUUAGACAGCGACAAGUGCAAGGCGUCUGCGCGCGUACACAUUCUUUUCAUUUUCUUUUGUGCUUAGGAAUUGGGGUCUCAGUUAGCAUAGGGUCCGUUUCGCAUGGGGAUUAGCUAUGCGUAAGGCAAAAAUUUUUAUGACUUUAUUUUAUCGUAUCAUAUUCUUUGCGCUCUAUUCUUGUGAUUUACAUUCCAUGUGUGUUAUUUCGUAGGGCUGUUGAUUUGCUAGCUCUCUCGCUGUACAAGGGAAGCGAGACUUGAGAACAGCUGUGGCGUUUGCAGGGCCAUUGACCCUAAGUUGGCAACGUAGGAAGCUAUGAAUUAUAACACGAGGAAUCAGUUCUCUUUGUAAUUUGAGUUCACGUAAAAUUACCUAUUAUUUUUUAAUUUUUAAGUCAUCUUAGGUUUGCUAGCAUAAGUUAUCUGACUUUUAACUAGAAUAUUCAAUUUAGUUUUACUAUUAACACAUUUUUAACUUUGGUUUUGUCUGCGUUUGAUAAGCAAGUGUUUAGGUUUUGUCGUGUAGUUUUUGUGGGGCAUAUUUUUGUCAGGACAGUUAGGAAUUAAGUUUGAUUUAUUUCUUUUUACAAUGGAAAACCCCGAUAACGAGCCUGAACCGGCUCCGGCGCCAAAAUGCCAGUUGUGUGGGAAAACUUUGGCUUCGGCUCCUACAUUGAAAACAAAGUGCAGUCACGAGUUUCACAAAACUUGUAUUGAGUCACAUGUCAAGACCCAUACUACCUGUCCCACAUGCAAGACGCUAUGCGUCGAUAGAAGUACUCCUCAUAAUACCAGGUCACAGGCCAAGCAAAACGAGGCAGCAGCCAUAACCGCUGAAAGAGUUAGUAGCAUAGUUACACAGGCCAUCAGCACGAUGCAAAACGAGGUGGUAGCCCAGCUCACGGACAAAAUGGCUCAAAUCAUUCAGUCCAGCAUAGCAGCACAUUUCCAAGAGACUGGCAAUAGUAUUCCUCAAGGGAAUAGACGUGGGGAAGCGGAUAAUCCGGUCCAACAAAAUAGGGACAGAGAAGUGGGGGAAACAUUCCGACAGGGGCUGAAUAGUCAGUAUUUAGCACAGUUUCCGAGCUACGACCGUCCAAGCAGUGCAGUCUCAGAUCUGAGUCAGCGACCGGACAAAGUCGCCCAUAUCCUCAAUAGUUGGAAAUUACGUUUUAAUGGGACCCAAGAAGGAUUGAGCAUUGAUAACUUUCUCUAUAGGGUAGAGGCUUUGACACAUCAGACUCUUGAAGGAAAUUUUCCAGUUCUUUGCAGUAACGCCAGUCUGCUUUUUGACGGAAAGGCCAGAGAUUUUUAUUGGCGUUACCACAAGACUUCCGGAUCGAUGAGAUGGGACCGGUUAUGCCAAGCUCUAAGAAAGCAGUUUAGGGAUUCUCGAACCGAUGUGGAUAUCAGAGAAGCGAUAAGGGACAGGAAGCAAAAAGAAAAAGAAAGUUUCGAUUCCUUCCACGACGCCCUGAUACAGCUGAUGGAUGAUUUGGAAACUCCCAUGUCAGAGAAAGCGAUUGUGGAAACUUUACGGCGCAAUUUGCGACCUGAAAUUAGACAUGAGCUACUGAAUGUCCAAAUCGACUCCGUAGAACGUUUGAGAGAAGUCUGUCGUAGAAGGGAGAGUUUUCUCGACGACGUUAGGCGGAGUCAUGGGUACCAGAAAUUGAUUCCUUUCCGGAAACAGGUUGCGGAAUUGGUAGGGGAAGCCCAAUUAGAGGAGGCCUCCGAAUUCUCGGAUGUAGAAGAAGAGGACGAGGUGGCAGCCGUGGCACUGAUUUGCUGGAAUUGCCGAAAGGAGGGGCAUCGCUACCACGAUUGCGAUAGCAAAAGGAAAAUUUUUUGCUUUGGGUGCGGAGCACCUAAUAAAUAUAAGCCGUCGUGUAGCAAGUGCCAAAAAAACGGCAAAGUGAACACCCAGCCUCGCCAGCCGGUCAGUGUUCAGCGCAAGCAGUCGAGUGCAGAGGCGAAAUCCCAGUAGGGAUACUUAAAACUACCGCCCAGUUUCCGUCUGAGAAAUCAGAAUCCGACAUACACCAAGCUUUAGUCUGGCCACAACUAGUCCAUGCCAGAUCCCAUUCGCUUUUCACCAACGACCAACCCAGUAAUAAGUCCCUCACAAGGAGUGCAAGAAGGAUGAGAGCGUUCCGGCAGGCGGCGAAAGCGAUAAAUUGCAUUCGUUACAAGCAGAAGGACAAGCGUCCAUAUGCGGAAGUUCGCCUGUUGGAUCAAACGGUCCUUGGUCUAUUGGACACCGGAGCAGCUAUAAGUGUUAUAGGCGGAAAGUUAGCAGAACGCGUAAUCCAAAGCCGAAUUCCUUUUAAGAGAGGAGUUCUAAAUGCUUCCACUGCGGAUGGACGGAGGCAAGAGGUAGUGGGACGACUGCGGACACCGGUGCAGUAUAAGGGUGCAGUGAAGGACCUUGAGCUGCACAUUAUUCCAUCGCUCAGCCAGGACCUGUAUUUAGGGAUCGAUUUUUGGUCGAGUUUCGAUUUAUUGCCACCCAGCAUGUCGCUGGCAGAGAUAGUUCAUGAACCGCAGAACCUCAGCCGAGGGGAAAUGGAUCAGUUGCAAGCGACCAUCAAUUUAUUUCCUUCGUUUUCCGUGUCCGGUCUAGGAAAGACGGCCCUGCUUUCGCAUUCAAUUGAUGUAGGUGAUGCAAAAGCCGUGAAGCAGAGACACUUCCCUGUAUCUCCUGCGGUAGAGAAAUUGUUAUAUGCGGAGAUAGAUCGGAUGCUCAGCUUAGGGGUGAUAGAGGAAUCCGAUAGUGCGUGGUCAUCACCGGUAGUAUUGGUGCAGAAGCCAGGGAAGGUGAGGCUAUGUUUGGAUAGUAGGAAAGUUAACGCGGUGACCAAAAAGGACGCGUAUCCGUUACCACAAAUUGAUGGGAUUUUAGGACGUCUUCCUAAGGCGAUGUUUAUUUCGAGCCUGGAUCUUAAGGAUGCCUAUUGGCAAGUUCCCUUAGAGCCGAGCUCACGCGAUAAAACAGCGUUCACGGUUCCGGGCAAACCUCUCUACCAGUAUAAGGUGAUGCCUUUUGGUCUCACUAACGCUUCGCAGACCAUGACAAGGCUGAUGGACAAGGUAAUUCCGGCCAGUUUAAGAAAUGAAGUUUUUGUGUACCUGGACGACCUUUUGAUUGUGUCGGACAGUUUUGAGUCACAUCGGAGGGUGUUGAGUGAAGUGGCAAGUUACAUAAAAGCGGCAGGGUUAACGCUGAAUGUGGAGAAAAGCAAGUUUUGCAUGAAGUCAGUGCGGUAUUUGGGGCAUAUAGUAGGUGAAGGGGUGAUUCGUACAGAUCCGGAUAAGAUUUCGGCUAUGUCCGAUUUUCCUUUGCCAAAAUCCCUAAAGUCUCUGCGUCGCUUCCUAGGUAUGGUAGGCUGGUACCGGAAGUUUAUAAGCAACUUCGCAUCGGUAGCCGCGCCUCUCACGGACUUGCUCAAACCUAGACAGAAAUUUUCAAUGACUCCAGCGGGUCAGGAGGCUUUUGAAAAGUUGAAGGAGAUGCUUUGCUCAGCGCCAGUUUUGCGUAGUCCUGAUUUUAGCAAACCAUUCUAUGUUCACUGCGACGCUAGCAAGACAGGCGUUGGGGGAGUGCUGGUGCAGAAGACACCGGAGGGGGACGAAUAUCCGAUUGCGUUUGUAUCGAAAAAACUCAACAAAGCCCAAAAGAAUUAUUCGGUCACCGAACAAGAAUGUCUGGCCGCAAUAGUUUGCAUAAAUAAGUUCAGAGCUUACAUCGAGGGGCAUGAAUUUACUGUAAUCACUGAUCACGCCUCCUUGAAGUGGCUCAUGUCACAAACUGACUUACACUCACGUCUAGCCCGGUGGGCAUUAAAGCUGCAGAGUUUCUCGUUUAAAAUCGAGCAUCGUAGCGGCAGGCUUAAUGUGGUUCCGGAUGCUCUUUCUCGCGUAAAUGAGGAGGAAGUGGCGACUCUAGACGCGAGCAAUGGGUUGUUGGUGGAUUUGGAAUCGCCAGAAUUCAAGGCAGAAGAUUACGUGGAGAUCGUAGAAAGGGUUAGGGCCAAUAUUGAUAAGUUGCCAGAUCUCAAAAUUGUAGAUAACUUGUUGUAUCGUAGGUCAGAUCACGCAACAGGAGAGGUGCUACAUGAUGUGUUCAUUUGGAAACUCUGGAUUCCUCAAGGGUUAGUGGUUGAUGUUUUGCGUAACGCGCACGACAAUCCACUGGCUUCCCAUGGAGGCAUUCACAAAACCCUAGAAAGGAUACGGCGGUAUUAUUACUGGCCUGGUUUGGUUGCCGAUGUGAAGAAGUAUAUCCAGGCUUGUGAUGUCUGCAAGACUACCAAGGCCCCCAAUACAAUCCAGAGACCGAAGAUUGGAAUUGCGCCCGAGUCACAACGUUUCUUCCAGAAAUUAUAUGUAGAUUUCCUGGGGCCAUAUCCCCGUUCAAGAAGUGGACAUAUAGGCAUCUUUAUCGUCCUCGAUCACUAUUCUAAAUAUGUGUUUCUUAAGGCAGUGAAGAAGUUGACCGCGGACGUGGUAGUCAAGUACAUGCAGCAAGAUCUUUUUCAUGCUUUCGGGGUUCCGGAGACAAUAGUAUCCGACAAUGGCACACAAUUUAAGUCUGAGGCAUUCCAAAAGCUACUCCGGGAAUAUAAAGUUUCGCACACUCUCACGGCCCUGUACGCACCCCAAGCUAAUGCUUCCGAACGUGUAAAUCGCUCGGUGAUUGCAGCAAUCCGAUCUUACGUGCGCGAGGAUCAGAAGGACUGGGACGAGCACCUCAGCAGCAUUUGCUGCGCAUUGCGUUCUGCGGUGCAUGCAAGUCUGAAUGCAACUCCUUAUUAUAUGGUGUUCGGACAGCAUUUCAUCACUUCCGGGGCAACAUACAAGCUUCUGAGAGCAUUGCGGGUGAUGGAUGACAGGUCAGCAGUUUUCUCGCGGGAGGAUUCAUUAGACUUGGUUCGAAGCAAGGCUCUAGAAGUCAUGAAAAAACAGAAUGAUAAAAAUGAACGGCAGUACAACUUACGGGCUAGAGACAUAUCCUACAAUGUCGGUCAGGAGGUGUUCCGAAGAAAUUUCAGGCAGAGCAAUUUUCAGUCAGGGUACAGCGCGAAGUUGGGUCCGGCCUUUCUGAAGGCCAGGGUCAAAAAGAAGAUAGGGCAGGCCUACUAUGAGUUAGAGGAUUUGCAGGGUCGUUAUGUAGGACGGUUUCACGCGAAAGAUCUUCGUCAGUAAGCCAACUGCUUCAAGCUCUCCUGUUAUCAUUCUUGGGAGUGUGACCCCCAAGCCUGAUCUUUCGGGGGGGCUUUUGUAGCGCUUGUAGCAGGGAAUGCUGAGUUUUUGUGGCGCCAUCUAACGCUCAGAGUGGCAGGCGAACGACAGGUCAAGGGAGAACCAAAAAGACGGUAACAGGUCAAAACGUCAGGUUAUCUCUGUUGAAAAUGCAUCCAGGGACCUGUUAGAGGAUUUGCCGCCAGAACGUUGGCGUCCCUAUCGGCUAUUCCCUUGUGAAAGUCAGUUGAGUCGGUUGCGUAUCGGUCCGACGGAAGGGAAAAACCAAGAAUUUAGUGAAGAGAAAAACUCUAAGGGAAUCUAAUUAGCUAAAUCCAAGAUUCGACUGCGAGAUUCUUGGUUGAAGGCGAGUGGGCUGUUCAGUCGUCAGAAGCCGUAUAGCGCUGAGUCCGGUUGGGGUAAGUGCUGCGGAGGAGAAGAGAAGGGCUAAAGGAGAAUAAAGAGUUGUCCCAUUUGUAGUCUUGGCGCUUAGAAAUCGAGGUAAUCAGUGCGGAUUCGAUCGUCCAAGGAAGCCAGCCAGCAGACAACAGCAGCCGCAAGCCUAACAAAGCGGCGUUUAAAUUUUUGGGACUGUCUGGAAAGCGCUCAGCCAUCGGAGAAGCGAGCGUGGAAGCAGAGGGAGAAGAUAUUUGGGCAACGCUCGGUCCCCCCCAAGCGGCUAGCUUUCCGAGGCGUUGGCGUCGGCACUUUAGUAGUCGAGCGCGACGCGACAGAAAAGGAGGGCCCGUCCCUUGGUCGCGAGCAGAUCGGCGGAGAGAAAGUGUUAAUCUAGCACCGUCGGAGAUUGGCCGUUUGGCCUUUUCUUUGCUUUCGCGUACCCUUCACCUGCAGAAGCAGGGGAAAAGAAUUUGUGCGGUUCCCUUUCGCCCAGGAGGUGGAAAGGAAACAUAGAUAACAGUCGGGAGAAAUAGAAUAGGGAAAAAAAGAGGAAGCAACGGAUUGACAGAGUGAUUGUAUUCGUGUUCGUAAAUGUAUAAUUAAUUUUGAUCUCGGUGCGGAGUUAUUUAGGAGAGAAUUAGAUUUGAUUCCGGUAGUGGCUUCUCGUGACUCUCGCCGAUCUGCAAAUAUGAUUUCCCCCUACCUUGUGCCAUUUUAAGUGUUCUUCCUCCACAGCAGCUUUAGGUAUUCAUCGAGGAAAGCGCUUUCGCCGAUGGAGCCAUAAACUGGAGAAAAGGUAUGAGUGGACUUAAAUUUUGUUAUUAAUAAAGUACAACUUGAAGCAAGGGAAUUAGGGCCGGUCGGUGAGCGGGAGGGAGAAGUGCCCACUCGAAUUGGCUUCUGAACCUUACGGAGUCAGCAAGCAAGUUAGUUUGUCCAUUUCGGACUUAUUUAGUAUAUCGUUUGUAUUACACAUAGCCAAGUAUUUGUAGGAAUUUUACACAUAUAUUUUCAUUUAGCUACUCUUUUAAUAUGGGGAAUUAUAUUAUGGUAUUUGCGGGUAAUACUAGUGUUUUAGCCAGUAAGUGAAUAAACUUUAUAAUGUGUUAA